UCGGAACGGUGAAGAUGCACAAAAAAGUUUAAUGAAAAAAAAUAAUUUUUGUGAAACAAGAAAAAAAAUAAAAAAAUAAAAAUUGUGCAAUAACAGAAAAAGGAAGGAAAAUUUAUAUGAAAAUUAAGGAACAAAAGACAAAAAGACCGGACAUAAAAACUUCAGGAGUGAUGCAUGAAAAGUGAUUGCAAAGUGGAAAAUUAAAUUAUUAUCAUACAUCAAAAAAAUAUGUUCUCAAAAAGACAAAAGAAUGAUGAUGGUGAUGAUGAUGAUGCCACUCGAAACUACAACUCAAUUUAUUGAUCUUAUAUAAGAAAAAGAAGAUGAGAAAGUCUUUUAAGUGAAAUCAAGACGAGAACUGCUGUGGGAAUUUUUUUUAAUACACGAAUGAAAAUUUAUAUUUAUGACAAUGCCGUGUAGAAAAAAUAAAUAAAUAAAUAGUGCAGAAAAUAUAGUGUUGCUAGAAAAAUAUUGCAUAAAUUUCCAUUAUUUUGUUUUGUUUUCCUUGCGGAUAAGCACGAAAGAAAGAAAUUUUUUAAGCAGAAAAAAAAUUGUGUUGAAUUUUUACAAUCCACUAAAUUUGUACACCCAGAAAACAAAGGAGAAGUAAGAUAUACGGGGUGAAAAAAAAAAGAAAACAUAUAAAAGUGUAUAAAAGAAUAUCUCAGUGUAUAUAUAUCUUGUGCCGUGUGUUUUUUGAGUGCAGAUAAAAGAUAAAUUUCACAUAAUUUAUGUGCAUAAUGUGAAUAAAAAAAAAUAAAUAAAGAGAGCACCAAAAACCGGGAGGAGCAUAGCAAAGCACAGCACACAAAAAAAUAGUGAAACAAUAAAAAUUGCAUGAACGAAGAAAAAUUUGUCAUUGCCAUGAUUUAUAGCGGAUUAAUACUGUCACAAUCAUCAAUUUAUCUAAAAUUGAAUUAAGAUAUAGACACGACGACGUCGCUUUGAAGGAAAUCUCUGUUGAAGAUAUAAAAACACAGAAACAGCAUAAAAGCAUAUAGAAGGGGCAGCAACGUAUCAACAUUUUGACAUCAAAAGUAGGAGGAGGAGGUUAAAAAAGAAAAAAAUAACAAUUGGAAAGAGAUAAUGGAUUAGAUAGGAGAACCAUAAGCCAAAUAUCAUCACAUCCUAACAUAAAAACCACACAAGUGUGAUAAAAGGGGGGAACGAAAGCCAAAGCAGCAGCCAUUUUACCUGUCUCGUAUUCCCAAAUGAUUGAAAAAACCAUCAAAACGACAAAAAUCAUUCAAAAGCAUGACAUUGAUAAAUUCAUGUUGGCCAAACUCAUUUUCACACCUCAUCAUACUACUCUCAACCAUAACAACAAUAUCCACGAAUCAUUUAUAUCAGGAUGCACAGAGAGAGACCACCGACAGUCUCACAGCACCAUUGGUGUCGAGAAAGACAUUGACAGAAGCAGUGGGAGAUCAACGUGCCACAACAUUCAUUGGUUAUGAUCAUAGGAGAAUUGACAAUAAACGUUAUGACAAUUUGUUCGAUUUUAAGACUGACGUUAAUAAUUUAUUGUUUCAUUCCCAUGACAUUUUAAUGUCAUCGACGCGUAAACGUCGAAAUGUCAACAAUGAUGAUGUGAAUGAUACUGGAACUAAAAAUUUAAUUUUAAAUUUAUCGAAUGCCAACUUCACAAAUCUCAAUAUUCUCAAUGUGAAUAUCAGUACGAGUAAUGUAAUAGCAUUAAAUUUAUCAAAUAAUUUAUUAUCGACACUAAAUGUGAGCAAAUUUUACAAUCUUACAUCGCUCGACUUGUCGCAUAAUCGAUUCAGUGAAUUUAAAGUGAACGGACAUGAGCACUUGAAGGCACUUGAUUUAAGUUCAAAUCUAUUGAAAAAUUUUAGUUGUAUAAAAUGUGAAUGUCUUGAGACACUCAAUCUCUCACGUAAUCUCAUCACAACGAUCGAUGGAGAGUCGUUUGAUAAUUUAAUAAAUUUAAACUUUCUUGACUUAUCAUCGAACGAGCUGAGUGUCAUAGAUCCAACUUUAUUUCGAAAUAAAUCAAAUUUAAGUGAUGUAGUAUUGUCAUGUAAUCGAAUCAGUGUCAUCAAUAAGGAUAUAUUUUUUCAAUUGCCAAGUUUAAGACGAUUGGAUUUAUCUCAUAAUGACAUAUCUGACGUCGUAAAUGACGCAUUUAGUGACUUGACAAGCUUACAAAUACUCGAUUUGUCAUUUAAUCGGAUUCAUAUUGCAUCACUACAAACGAUACAAAAUAUAGCACAACUAGCGCGUCUCUCGAUCGCUGGUAAUGUUAUGCUCAAAAAUGCCUUACGUGCAUUUGCUGUAACAUGGAGUAUCAUGGAAUUGGAUUACAGUCAUGUGGGACUAUGUCAAGUACCAGAUUCACUGGCACAAUCUGUUAGAAUAUUAAAUUUAUAUGGAAAUUUUCUAAAUAUAAUUGCAAGUGGCGACUUUGAGAGCUAUCCAUUUUUGCAUAAAUUAAUUUUGUCGCAAAAUAAUUUGUCAUCAAUAGAGGAGGAUGCAUUAGGGCGAUUAGAGUUGUUAACAAUAUUACAUUUAGAUCACAAUAAAUUGACACAAAUACCAUCGAGUCUUCCAUCGAGCUUAAUCAAAUUAUAUAUGCAAAAUAAUCGCAUUAUGGAGCUCAAUUCCAAUGACUUGAUGAAUUUGAUAAAUUUACAAGUGCUGGAUUUAUCGAAUAACAAAAUUAUUUACAUGCCCCAAUUAACACUACCCGCUUUAUUAUUACUGAGUGUGAGAUAUUGUGGAUUGGAAAAUAUUCAUCGUUCAUUUAUGAAAACAUCACCGAAUUUGAGGCAUUUACUUAUAGAUGGAAAUCUCAUUAAGUGCUCACAACUUGUGGAAAUUGAACAAUGUUAUGAUGCUGUUGGUGUUGAUGUUGAUGAUGAGAAUUAUACAUUAACUAAUGAAUAUAUCAACGAUAAUAUUGAUUACAAUCAAAAUGAUGUCGAGCGUAAAGAAAGACACUUAAAUUCUAUAUCCUAUUUCCCUCACGAUGGCGGUUAUAGAAAAUGUGGUCAAUGGAAUGAGAGCUCAAAUAUUCAUGGAGAAACAGUGCCAAAUUGUUGGAAUGAACAGAAAUUAAUUACCUCAUUUACUAGAACAAAUGAUUCAAGUGACGAACGAGCAGCAGUGCCAAAUAAAAGCAUGAGUAUAAUAAAUAAAGCCAGUGAAAGUAAAACUUUUGAAAAAACAUCAACCACGAACGCCACCAACAUCACAUCAAAUGACAAUAAAUUUAGGAACAUGACAAAAGAAUCUUUGAAAGUUAAAAAUGAUGGAAAUCUAUCAAACGAGACAAUGACGAUAAAUAAAACAAUAGCAAACGAUACGCAUUUUUAUGAGCAACAUGAACAACAGCCAGAAAAUCAACAGAGCAAAAUGAAAUCGAGUGAUAAAAUGAAAAAUUUAAAGGCAAGUGAGGAGGAUGAAGAUGAGCUAAUGAAAAAGGCAAAAUUAGCGCAUCCAGUUAACGUAGUGAAAACAAAGAUAAAGGCAUUAAACAAUAAUGAAAGCAUCAACACUAACAAUGGCAAUAAAAAUUUAUCUCUCGUAAGCGUAGAUGCGCACAAACAAAAGAUAAACGGGGGAUUAAAUAAUUUAAUUCUAAUGAAAACUAAACAUUUUAAAUCGUCAUCAUCGAUGGAAAAUGGUUCGUUGAUCACAAAUGGCAUACAAUUGAGUAUGUCGAAUGUUGAUUAUGUACACAACAACAACAACAACAAUAAUGGCACAACAAUAAUCAAUCGAAAUUUAAUAGUUGAUAAUAAUAGCAAGAAAAAGGUAGGAAAAGCAACAACAACAUUCAAGUCCGACUUGGUUGGAGUUCAUUCGACAACAACAAAUAAAGUAAAUGCAAUUAAGGAUAAUGGAAUGGAGAAUAUCCAUUAUGUAGCACCAGCAACCAAUAAUAAAAGUAAAUCAAUUGAUGGAGUAAAUCGAUUAAAUGAUAACAGCAGUAGUGUUAGUGGCAAUAACAAUAAAGGCAAAAGUCGAUAUGGUCAUUAUAAUGACGAUAGUGAAAAUCGACCGUCAUUAAAUCGAGGGAAGGCAUUUGAAGACGGUAAUAAUAACAGCGGAAAUGAAAAUAUCGAAGCAACAGAUCAUCAGCAACAGCAGCACAUUAUGACCAUAAAUCACACAAUGAAUGGCGAAAAAUCGGAACAUUGGAGCGAUAUUCGUAGAAAUGAGAAUAUUUCAAGUCAUCCAGGUCUACUGAUUGUACUCGCCUCAUCCGUAGGCGUUCUAUUUACCUUCAUUACGGUCUAUGUGUAUCGGUGUAAUUUCAUAAAUUCUUCACGUCGUCGAGUGUGUCGGAGGAAUGGCAGUUGUGAGCACAUUAACGAGGGUCGAGAUGCAUUAAAUGAUAAUUUUAAUGAAGAAAUUCGCUCAUUUACAAUCGAAACACAUAAUCAAUGUAUGGGAAGUGUCAAUAAUGGGGAAAUGACAACAUCAUCGACAGUAAAUCAUUGCGAUUUAUUGCCCAUGGAUGUUUUGAACUCAACAUUAAACCAGUCACAUGUUGACAGGACCAAUAUAUCAAUGCACUUUUGGUGACAUCGAAAACAUUUUGCUACUGUUCGACAUUUUUUUACUAAACAUUUUAAUACGAGUGUUGGUGAUGGUGUGAUUCGAAAUGAUGGCAUUGCCAGUCGAAUACGAACCAGCAACAGUGCGUAUCGAUUAUUUGAGUGAUUUGAAUAUAUAUUGCCUGUCGUUUGAAUCUUCUGACGAUGACACAUAUCAUCAUCAUCAUCACCAUUCCACUCAUUCUGCUCCACGCUUUUUAUGUAUUUUUGGAUUUUCCGUUCCUUAUUCAUUCUACUUUUCUUUCAUUCUUGAGAGAUAAAAUGAAGAAAUGCGUUAGACGCACGUGAAUUCAAUGAAUAGUAAAUAAAAAAAAUAUUUUCGUUUUUUCUUGCUUUAUCGGAUGAAUGAUGUAAAACUGAGGGAAGAUGGAUGUAGAAUGAGGGCUGUAUAAGUGAGAAUUACUCAAUAUUCUUUUCGAAGUACUGUUCUAAAAGACUAGAUGUGAGAUGAUGAAUUAUGUUUGUCUGUUUGUCUGGAUUGUCACAGUUUUGGAGGAAAAACUGAAUAUUAAUGAUUUAUUAAAGAGAAUGCUAUAAAGCAGAAGCUUUAACACAAACAAAAAGUUUUAAUUGAUAACUUAAAAUAACUUGAGUAGCCAAGUUUUAAAUCAAUUAAACAUAUCCAGCCUGCAUUCUUCCAGGAAACUAGUUCAAAUCUAGUUCAAAUAGCGUUGACAUGUUUUUUAAGAUAGUUUGGUACCAUGCGAACAGCACAAGUCGGUUAAUCGAAUAGAAUUCCGGCGCAAAGUUGGCAUGACCCUGACAUGGUGCUAGCUUCAAUUUAAAUCCAGCACCAUGCCCGAGUCACACCGGAUUGUUGUUUGAUUUCUCAUCGAUUAACCGAUUUGUGCCAUUCGGGCCAAACAUAUGUGGCUACAAAAAAACACCACAAAUCAUGUAAAUGCGUCACAAUCCUUCAGUCAUUUGCAAACUCCAACUUAACCCACACCCACAUCAAUAUCCAAUACAGAUUUUCUUCCGUUCCAAUUUGAUUUCUCAUUUCAUUCUUUCAAAAUAACGAGCUAAAGAAAUAUUUUCCAAAGCAAAUGUGAAGUGAUGAAAAUUUGAAACGACAGAAAAAAAUGAAAACUUUUCUUUUUUGCAGCAUCAUUGAUUUUAAUACAUUUUGGCAUAGAAUUUUUUAUGAUUUUCGAGGGAGGAGGGUUUGGCUUAUAAAAAAAGAACGCUAAAUCGUCUUCAUAAUUUGGUUUUAUUAUCAAUAAGUAGCUGCAUUAAAUCAGAUUAGAGUUUGAUCAUUUUUUUUCAUCAACAAAAAAAAAGCCAAUAAAAAAAGAAUUUGGGAAAAAAGAAAAAUUAAGAAUCAGGACUUAAAAAUAAAGUCGUAUUAAAUUGAAGAGAUAUAAAUCCUUUGUGAUUUUUAAUUUAGAAGAAUAAACGAGAAAAUUUAUUAUAAAGACUUUAUUUGUUUAAAUG